CUUUCUCAAUAGUAUUGCGCUGGCGAGGAGGUAGGUUAAUAGCUUAGACUUGUUGUGGUACGAUUGUUGUUUGUCUUACUAAUUUUUAUUGCAUAUAAUUCAUUAAAUAAAUAUCAAAAUGUCUGAGAGCGCAGCAGCUCCCAAGAAGAUCAGAAAAGUUGAGGGAGCAGGUCCAGGAGUGGAUACAGAUGAAAGUAGUAGAGAUUUCGACCCUGAGACACAGAAGUCUUUAGAAGAGAUUGAUGCUUGUCAGAAUGAAAUCGACGCUCUCAAUGAAAAGGCUAGUGAAGAAAUACUCAAAGUUGAACAGAAAUACAACAAAUUACGGAAACCUUUUUUUGAGAAGAGAAAUGAUCUUAUUAAGAAAAUUCCAAAUUUUUGGGUGACAGCUUUUGUCAAUCAUCCACAAAUCUCUGCUGUCCUUGAUGAAGAAGAAGAAGAGUGUUUACAUUUUCUGAGCAAGCUAGAGGUUGAGGAGUUUGAAGAUAUUAAGUCUGGCUAUAGAAUCAAGUUUUUCUUUGAUGAAAACCCUUAUUUCCAAAAUGAUGUUCUUGUCAAAGAAUUCCACCUGGGUUCAUCAGGUGAUCCAGCAUCUCAAUCUACUCCAAUCAAAUGGAAAGAAGGAAUGGACCUAACCAAGAAACAGAAGGAAAGACAGGCAUUGAUGAAGAAUAAUCGUAAAAGGGCUCUUGAACAACCACGAACAUUUUUCUCUUGGUUCACAGAUCAUGGGGAUGCUUCAGCUGAUGACAUUGCUGAGGUAAUUAAAGAUGACAUGUGGCCAAAUCCUCUCCAGUAUUUCUUAGUUCCAGACAUUGAAGUGGAAGAAAAUGGACUUGAAGGAGAUGAUGAUGACAGUGAAGAGGAAGAAGUAGAUGACUCAAUAGUUGUAGUUGAAGAAGAAGGAGAAGGAGAUGAGGAUGAUGAAGAUGGAGAAGAAGGUGAAGAUGUUGAUGAUGAAGAAGCAUAUGAAGAAGGAGAGGAUGAUGGAGGAGAAGGUGAUGAGUGAAGAUUUGUCAAGAGUCCAGUUAGAUGUUGUACAACCUGUUGCAGUUAAUCCCUCACGGACACAGCUCGUAAAAUGGCAUGACUUUGGAGCCAUUGAAACAUUCUAUCCAGACCUUUUUCAUCACAUCAUAAUGUUUCAUUUCUUUAUCAGAAGAAUAUUGUUCAAACUUUUAUACUGAGAUUUCAUUUGCAACAUUUGUACCUAAACACAAGCAAGCAGCUGAACAGACAUAAGCUAUGACCAAGACCAUUGAUUUUACUUUUAGUAGAUCAGCUUUUUUCAUUGUGAAUAGUGGAACUUUGUGAUUUAUAUUUCUUGAAUAAUUUGUGUGUUUUGGUGGUGUAGAUUAUUUAAACUUAAAUAUAAAAUAAAAAAAGUGAGUUUGUAUGUAUAAAUGAAAUAAGCCAGAUUAGUGGUAAAAGAAAAAAAUAUUCUAGCAUAACUAAGACUUGAUAAAGUUAAAAGGGUUUAAAAGCUGCUGUGUCUCUUUUUCCUGUUUGUUUUUUUAUAUAACAUUAUAUACAUAUUCACCUUUCAUAACAUGUUAGGUUUUUAUUUUUAUUGUUAUAAGGGGAUAGACACUUAGAACCAUUGGCUAUCAAACUCACUUGUACAGCUACACAAGGAUUCUUUCACAUGUAUGUACCAUCAGCAAACUUCACAAUUAUAUGGUCUCCCACCUCAUGCAGUAGAUCAUCCAGGUGAGGGUUAAUGCAAACUUUCAUGUGCUUGGUUUUAAAGUAAUUUUUCUUGUGUUUCUGUGACAGUCUUUGUAACGACACAUUUGAAGUAGUGUUAAAAACAUUAUUGGUGUGGGUGUACAAUUUUAGCAUAGUAAACCAUUUUUCAUGUUCAAGUUAUUCUUUGAUCAUUUUGUUCUUCUAGAAUGAUGUUUGAGGGAUUAAUGCAUACCAUAAAUUUGCAGUGUGAAGACAUUUUUUAAUAUCAUUAAUUAUCAGAAUCCUUUAAUGCCAAGAAGAUGAAAGUGUUUUUAAGUAUUCUUUAGAUUUAUUCUGUGUACCAUGUGUUCUACAGGUUAUGAAUUACAGCAAUUUUUUCAGUCAUCA